AUGUACGCGGCGAUACUAUGUGAACGGCAAUGGCGGUGGUGGUGGGCAGUAACGACGCGCUCCGACAUCUUAGGCGAAGGUGCAAAGUUGCACUGCCACCGGGGUGCCGAAAUGUCCACAGCCAACACGCAACCCACCGAUCUCGCAUCUGCGACACUGCACGCGACUCAAGGAGCGCCGCUCGAGCUCGACAACGAGGACGCAGACGUGAUAGCUCACACAGAGCCCCCCCAACGUGCUUAUUUAAGCUCAAAACCGAGUCCCGGUGACGUUCAGGUCAUUUACUCCAAAUCGUCGCCACCUUCGAUCACCCCGGAGACCGUACUCCAGCUGCUACUCAAGCCUGCACUCCCUCUUCCUGGCCAUUUCGACCAUCCUCAACUCGUCCAUCGGAUCACAGAAGACCUUGUUGUUAAACGCGGCAUGUUCCAUAACCCGGUUGAAGCCACGAUGAUGGAGUUUGUCCGCACCCACACCAAGAUUCCAAUUCCUACGGUGCACCUUGUGUUUACCCGCGUCGGUACCACCACCCCUACCCGCGUUACAACAUUCAUCGUCAUGGACUGUGUUCCUGGCUCGUGUCUGCAGCAAAUCUGGGGAACGCUCGACGAGCCCACCAAGACGUCAGUGCUCGCACAGAUCCAGGGCUACAUCCGCGAGUUGCGCAACAUUCCUGUCGAUAUCGACACGCCGCCUGGCCCCAUCGGCGGGGGAAUCUGCGAGGGGCGCUGGUUCUCGGAAAACGGUGCAGGCCUGUUCCCGACGCAUGAGGCUCUCGUGGCGUGGUGGAAUCGCUUCUUCUACCUCCCCGGUGAGCGGGGUUACAACGGCGUCGACGACCGGUUCCACGCGGACCAACCUCUCGUGUUCAGCCACGGCGAUCUCAAUUCACGCAACAUCAUCGUACACGAAGGCGUUGUGUGGCUCGUCGACUGGCAGCACGCGGGCUGGUACCCGUGGUACGUGGACCCCACGCAGAUCGCCACAGACUGGGGCACCAUGGAGUUCCCUACGCCGGAGGACUGGGCGCCGUCUGUGCUGCCGUUCUUCCCGGAUAGCUCGCGCGAGCUCCGGAUGUUCAAUUCCGUCGCCUACAGACUCAACUUCUACUACAUCGACGCGCGGUUCGCCGAUCGGAACUACAAUACCGCGACCCCAGCGGCUUGCGAGAAAGUAUAG